AUGUUAAAGACCCGUUCACUUCUACGAAGCGAAAUUACAUAUAGUGCUGCAAAGGAUAACGACGCUAAUAUUCUCCACGAGCUAGGCUACCGAGACCAAAAGAUCCGAUUUUUUACCCAUCUUUACCGGAAUCGAGAGCUGAUCAAGUCGCUCGUUGCCCGUCAUCUCUGCCUUGGGUCUCAAGAUCUGUGUCAUGUUGUCGAUGUGGAGGACUGGAUACACGGAAGCUUUAAUGUUUGUAUUCGGGUUGAUAUUUUUGGCUCAACAGGAGUGGUCGGGAGGCAGGUCAUGAUUCGAUUUCCCCUGCCGUAUCGGAUUGGGGAGAAUUGUUGCCCGGGCAAUGCCGAUGAAAAAGUCCGUUGUGAAGCCGCACGGACCGAUAUGCAAAGCAACCACGCCAAGCCAUUACAGGCAUAUAUGCACGAGAGCACCGAGUUAGAGCGUCACGUCGAGCCAUACCAGCGGAUAUUGAUGUUUUUUGCCCGCACGCAAGCCCCCCAUGAGUGGAACAGUCCCAUAUACCGGUUCAAACGCCGACAGCGUAUGACGCAUUAUGGCGGGCCGCCGAGGGUCGUACCGGGCCGUCCCGAGCCGAUCCCGAGCGAGGACCCCGACGACCAGGCCAACCGGUUAGAGCCCGUCGAAGCAAGGUGUAUGGAUUUCGUGAUCGAAUUAUUGAACCAACAGACCUAG